AAGGUUUUAAGUAAUAUUGAAGUCGCAAUGCGCUGGUACUUGUCAUUUUUAUGCAUAGCUGCAUUUUUCAUUGAAUAUGGAUUUACCAGAUUGACACCGGACUUCAUCCACCCAUGUCCUAUAGACAACAAGCCUUGCUUAAUGCAAUCCACCAUUGAUGCAAUCCCUUACUUCACUAUGGGAAUCCCUGACUUGGGAGUACCAUCUAUAGAUCCUUUCUACAUCGACAGACUGACGAUUCCGCUUUCAGGACUUAAGAUUGCCUUCUUUAAUGGAAAAGUCACUGGAUUCAGGAAGGCAGUCAUAGAUAAUGUUGAGUCUAAUUUUGCUAAACGGAAAUUCGGCCUAGAGUUCCACAGCAAUGUUACCCUCAAGGGAGGUUACGAGGCCACGGGGAGAGUACUCACCUUCCCCAUAAAUGGAGAAGGAGAGGCCAAAAUAAAAAUAACUAACCUCAAAAUGAAGGUCAUGAUGAAUUUGGAUACGAAGUCAGAUGACAAGGGUGUUAAUCAUUUAUAUGUCAAGAAUUACAAAUAUAACCUCGGCUAUGGCGAUAAAGUGCAUUACAACUUGACUAAUCUCAUUAAAGACAGUCCCGAAUUGAGCCGAACUCUGCUGCAGUUCAUGAACGAUAAUUGGAAACUCGUGUCUGAAGAGUUCGGGAAACCAGUAGUGGAUUACGCUACAGAACUGGCUCUGAGGACCAUCGAGAAGUUCUUCCUCGCUGUGCCUUAUGAAGAGUUGAUUGAAGGACCCAUACCCUCCUUUAAAUAAAUGCUUAACCAAGGGUGGCCUAAAAUAAAUGUCAUGAAAAUAUAGUAGGAA